AUGUGUCGGUCUUUUCCUCGGCUGCUGCAGGGUCUGUCUAUCCGUGUCCAUUCCUUGGAAGCUGGCCAACGGGGUCGACAUACGUCAUUGAUUAUCCCAGAAUCUGUUCCCGUGGCGAGAACCAGAUUGCUCCCCCCAAUCCACAAUGCCCAUCAUGUGGCUCACCGUGCUCUGCGCUUCUCGUAUCUCUCAUCUAAUACUGUGCAUCCCCUAAACAUAUCGAGGUCUGCAUCGUCGCGUGCAUAUUCGCAGGAUCUUGGCCGAGAAUCAAGAUCUUGUCCAGAAGGUAUGGGCAGGGCGACCGAGACGCCUGGACCGGAGGCGAAACCGGUGGAUAUCCUCAAUGGAGAUAUACCAUUACCUGCUGGCCAGGCAGAGGUUGCAUUGGACCCAGAAUCAGACGAAGACAUCCCCGUUGAUCCGGAAGAGCUGAAGGAGGCGCUCGGCCGACCACCUCCGGUGAACAGCAGCUACCUCCCCCUUCCCUGGAAAGGUCGAUUAGGAUAUGCUUGUUUAAAUACGUACCUUCGCUAUUCAACGCCCUCCGUAUUCUGUUCUCGAACGUGUCGAAUCGCCUCUAUACUCGAAAAUAGACACCCGCUCCAAGAUCCUGACCAGCCCACACACCCGACCAAGAAUCGUCCAGACCGCGACCAACCAGCCGAUGUCGCACGCGGACAAGGCUUCGUCGAGGGGCUGGCCUUGGCGAAUGUACGCGACUUGGUCAAAAUCAUUCGUUGGAACGACAAAUAUGGCAUUAAGUUCAUGCGACUCAGCAGUGAGAUGUUCCCAUUUGCCAGUCACAAGGAAUAUGGCUAUAAGCUGGCGCCCUUCGCCUCAGAGGCGCUAGCAGAUGUAGGACGUGUGGUUGCAGAAGUUGGACACCGGGUGUCGGUUCACCCUGGCCAAUUCACUCAAUUUGGAUCACCGAGGAAAGAAGUUAUCGAAAAUUCUGUUCGCGAUCUCGAAUAUCACUCGGAGAUGCUCCAGCUACUCAAACUGCCCCCACAGCAGGACCGCGAUGCGGUCAUGAUCCUUCAUAUGGGUGGAGUGUUCGGUGAUAAGGCUGCCACACUGGAUCGGUUCCGACAGAACUACGCUAUGUUGUCGCAGGACAUCAAGAACCGAUUGGUUCUAGAGAAUGACGACGUGAGCUGGUCUGUUCACGAUCUACUGCCUAUUUGCGAGGAGCUCAAUAUACCUCUUGUGCUCGACUAUCACCACCAUAAUAUCAUCUUUGACGCCAAUGAGCUCCGAGAAGGCACGGAGGACAUCAUACCUCUAUACGAUCGUAUAUCAGCGACAUGGUCUCGGAAGAAUAUCACCCAAAAGAUGCAUUAUUCCGAACAAACUGCGUCCGCCAUCACCUCGCGCCAACGGCGCAAACACAGUGCCCGCGUUACUACUUUACCCCCUUGUGCGCCUACUAUGGACCUGAUGAUCGAGGCCAAGGACAAAGAGCAGGCCGUAUUUGAGUUGAUGAGAAACUUCAAACUCCCCGGUCACAAUCUUGUGAACGAAAUAAUACCCUUCGUGCGCCUAGACGAAAACCAACAAUUCAAACCACCCAAGAAGUCCAAGAAGAAUGGGGGCUUCGUGGACCUACAAGGCUCAAUACCACCGCCUCGCACCAUCCCGGACGAGGAAGUCGGAAUGGGUGGACCUGAUGGCAGAGUCUACUGGCCCGAGGGCAUGGAAGAAUGGCUCCGACCGGCAAAGAAAAUCGUGAAGCCUAAAGCUGCACCACGUCCCAAGAAAAGCGUCUCCAAAAAGGGUAAGAUUGAGUCUGUUGCAGAUGCUCCCCUAAACAUACCCAUCAAGAUAGAAACGCCAGUAAAGAAAAUAACCGGGGGCACGAAACGCACACCCUCGUCCAGGUCUCGCAAGCGCAAGGCUUCGUUGAUUGAGUCUACCCCAGAGUCUGAAGAGACUGAAAACACUGAAGAGAUUUCAGUGGAACUGGACAGUGCUCCGGCUUCGAUAUCACUCUCUCGACGAAGUUCACGUGCGAAGAGAGUCAACUACACCGAGGAUAGUGCCCUUACUCGACUUGGCUUUUUUCUUUCGGAAUACUUUUACCUUCGUCGUACAUCAUUACCACACGAGACCCUGGCGCCUAAAUCACGUUUCCGUUGGCCAAUCCUCCGGUCGAGGCCCUCUCUCUUCAAACGCCCGCCUACCACCCUUUUCCCCUCCUUCCCCCGCGAGCCUCGACCCAGCAGACUCUCGCAUAUACUCCGUCUGAUCAUUGGCGCGCACUCGGCCAGACGUGCCCAUUCCCGUCUUUGGGGAAUCCGGCACGAAACCCUGCCCGCGCUCCGACACCGGGCGCAAUCGCGAGUCUAUCGAGCGAUCGUCCAGCGACAAGCGCGACUCGCUGCACGCGAUAGCAGACUUGGUGGUCGCCUUGUGAAUUAUCUCCUUGGAACGCAGCGACGGUCAAGGCCGUGGAAAUUUACUGCAGUAUCCGGUGGCAGCCCAGCUGCAAGAAAUCCGAAGUCGACCCGAGAGCCCCGCCACGGACCGAAGGACACAACGAUAGACCCGAUGUCCCAAUCUGGACUUUCAUCAUGGGGGCCAGGAGGUGGCGAUGGUGCUGCUGCCCCUGGUAGCCGUCGAAAGAAGGUCUAUGAAUAUUUCAAAGCGGCAAAUGAGCUACGCCAGACCUAUACCUCACAAUGGUCAGGGCAGAGGAAUGAACACGAUGAGGACUACUACAAUACCCCCGGUGCAUUCCCGGAUGUGGAAAUUGCACGGUCAGGCGAUGAGGAGAUGGUGGUCUUCCCCAGUUAUGCUAGGAAAUUGACAGAAAAGAAGAACACCGGUACCAGCCCACGUCCCCGACGUGACUCGUGGUCAGAAACCAUCGAUGAAUACCGGGGUGAAACCCAUGAAGGUGAUGAUCUCUCCUCACCUAACUGGGAUGCAACAGAGACUGAAGAUGCAGUCGUGGCUGUUGACGUGCGUGGCUGGAUUUAUUCUCCUGGUCGGGGACCGAUGAGUCGAAAGCACCGGUUGAUGAUUGCCCUGGCCAGAAAGCUGAGCGGGGUACCGGCACCAUCUGGAACUACAAAUGAUGAAAGUAACGACAAGAUUUCUGGGAAGGGAGAUGAUGAAUACAUUGACAAGGAGAUUCAAACAUUAGUCGCCAAGGCUGAGAAGGAAGCAGACCCGGCUUGGAAAGGUUCGAAUGUGGAGCAAACACACCAACCUGCUGCACAGUUGAGUAAAGAUGAAUUGUCUAUAGCGAAUGCGCAUCUGAUGGAAAGACUUCGUCCAUUCUUGACGAACCCCGUUGGGAGCAUGCCGGUGACAGUGUUCUUCUUUAACGACAGUGAAAGCAAGUCUCGAAAUAUCAUGACGGAUGAAUCAGGGCAUUUUACUCUUCGCGCUACGCUGCCCUUUGUGCCAACUCAUAUUCGCGUGUUGGCAUCUGAGGACCUGUCUGUCGCAAGGCCGAUUGAGGUCAUUGAUCCAGUUGGAAUCAGUUUGAUCAGCGAUAUCGAUGAUACAGUCAAGCACUCAGCCAUUGCCAGUGGAGCAAAAGAGAUGUUCCGCAACACAUUCAUCCGUGAAUUGGAUGAACUUACAGUCGAAGGAGUCAGCGACUGGUACUGCAAACUGGCCAAAGAGGGUGUGCAGAUUCACUAUGUGUCGAAUGCUCCCUGGCAAUUGUAUCCCCUUCUUGAGCGGUACUUCAAGAUGGUGGGAUUGCCUCCGGGCUCCUUCCAUCUCAAGCAGUACUCGGGCAUGCUUCAAGGAAUCUUUGAGCCCACCGCAGAGAGAAAACGGGGGUCAUUAGAACAAAUUCUGCGGGACUUCCCAGAACGAAAAUUCAUUCUCGUCGGCGACAGUGGUGAAGCUGAUCUGGAGGUUUACACUGAGAUUGUCUUGGCAAACCCUGGUCAAAUCCUGGGCAUCUUCAUUCGUGAUGUUACGACCACGGAAACCCAGAAGUUCUUCGACAAAUCCGUCGGCAAUCUUGCCCAGUCUAAACGCAGUCGCACUUCGCCAGAUGUAGUGGACCACUCGGAUGCCGCCACCAACAGACCGACGCUGCCGCCUCGAGGUGGUACGGCUGUUGACUCUACAGUACCUGUAGCCCAUCAUGAGCCAGAUCCAAAGGAUCUUGACCUUGAGGACCUGAUUGAUCUCACAGAUCUCAUUAUCGAUGAUCAGCCACCUCCAGCGGGGCUUACCCACCCCGCCACCCCACGGCCACGCCCAGCGAAACCAAUCAAACCAUCUGCACUGCGCAUGGUUUCUACGCCAGCUGAUUUAGCGAAGAGUUCCAAGCCAUCCUCUCUGCGCAACGUUGCUACACCUUCCGACGUGCCAGAAAAGGACUCGAAGCCGGCACCAGAACAAGAGGCCCCCAGGCGCAAACCAGUCCCGCCUGUGCCACCCAGACGUGGAGUGCCCAAGACAGAUUCAUUGAUUGAUGUUGAUCCCUCGCCUUCAACCACUCAGAGCAGCGCUGGGGCAUUAACGAAUGAAGUUCCUUCUUCGUGGCUCAAAGGCCUCGGUGAUGGCUCUGCAGGCGCUCAGAGUCAAUCGCAAGCCACACGCGCCAAGCCAGCACCGCCGCGUCCUCCUCCGCGUCGCACAAACACCGGGUCUUCAACAGCCAGUUCAGAUCCCAGUGCAUCAACUGCAUCAACCACGCCAGCUCGGACUCCGGCUCCUGCGAGUGGCAUUCAAUCAUACCCAGCGGCAGCCGCCCAGGCUGCAUACCAAGGGUUCCAAUAUGCAAGCGACAGACUCAACUUCUCGGGACCUCCUUCUCUGCGAAAGUCCCCAUCAAACCAAUCACUUGGGAGAACAGGGUCCAAUGAGUCGGGUGUGCCACCUGCGCCUCUCCCAAACAAACGCGAGGAGCUUUGGCGACGUCGUUGGGACCGCGCAAGUGAAGUGCUUGAACAGCAUGGCGUUGUCCUAGGCAGUUGGCGGGUUGGAAGUGAUGCGCAGCCUGUUUGUGCGUGGUUAACGGAGCAGGCAGUGAAAGAUAUCAAGGCUGGUCGCUCGAAGGGGGAUAAUUGA